AAACAUUAGAACAUAAAUCAAUGAAUCAAAAUAAAAGAUUCCUGCUCAUGAUGUAUUCUAUGACUUCCAGCUAAGAACUGCCUGUGUCUUCACCUUGUAGUUCUGUGUGUUUAAUCAAUCAAAACGUGUUAUGACAGCCUCAACUACAUUUGAAUUCCCACUGAUGUGUUGUGCAACCAGAAGCACGCCCCUGCACUUACUUCGGCCUACUUCAUAUAGGAAUUCAGCAGGGAGUUACAAGGAAAUAUGUCGCAAAGGAAAAAGGUCACUGAGUCAGUUAAGAACAAAUUCUAAUUUACAAUGACGGCCUAGGAACAGUGGGUUAACACAUUUUACGCCUCUUGUUCAGGGGUAGAACGACAGAUUUUGUACUUUGUCAGCUUGGGGAUUCGAUCCAGCAACCUUUCGGUUACUGGCCCAACGCUCUAACCACUAGGCUACCUGCCGCCCCAAUAUGAUAAAUAUGGGGGAAAAUUGUUGUUGUGUGUUGAUGCAAUGUCUUCCACUAUAUCCUCAAUCCCUCAUGGGACCAGCUGCUUAUUUAUUGGUCCUGUGGUGACUCGCCUACUCAGGAAUGGAAGGUGCUCAACCAACAAGACUGAACAAUUUACAACUGCUGCCUGGGGGGAAUUACUUCCAGACUGAAGUACAGUCCUUCAGUUUCACCAAGUCUGCACACGGAAUAGGAGCUUGCUUCCCUUCCCUUAAACAGACUCACUUGGCUUUGAGGACUCUAGAGGACUGCUUUUCCUUCUUAAGGAUUCGGACAGGAUCAGACUGACUGUAAAAGGGACAGGUUUUGACAGUUCAUAUUAUGGAAGAGGAUCUUCUGAAUGAUAACUGCACAGCAGAUAAUCUGCCCUUGUACACAUUUUACGCCUCUGUGAUGAUUGUGGAGUUCACCCUGGCUGUGCCUCUUAACCUCUCAGUGCUUUACCUCUUCAUCUUCAAGCUGGAGUUCUGGAAACGGAACUCCAACAACCUUUUCCUGUUCAAUCUCGUGUUGGCUGACCUUCUUCUGCUGGGCUGUUUGCCAGUGAACGCGUACAAUUUUCUUCACGGAGAGCGGCAGAGUAUGGACGGAAGCAUCUGCAAAGCCAUGCUCUUCAUGCUGUUUCUGAACCGAGGUGCCAGUAUCGGCUUCCUGGCUGUGAUUUCACUUGAUCGCUACUUCAACGUGGUUCAUCCUGGGAACAAGGACUUUGUCCUCAAAAAGUCUCCUCAUAUAUCUGUCAUCAUCUGGCUAGUACUGCUCCCUUUGACGAUCCCCACCAUGCUGAAGACUGGUUGCUGUGGCAGUCAUGGGGACAUCACUGACACUCUGAGAGAGGUUGUGUUUUUCACCCAGAUUCUCAUCCCUUUCUUUGUGUUGGUGUACUGCACGGUCCGCAUUGUCAACAGACUCAAAAAGAAGACAGUAGGUGACAGGACCAAGCUGCGUCGAGCAGUGUUUCUGGUCACCUCUGUCAUGCUGGUCUUUUCUUUCUGUUUCCUGCCUUGCACCAUAGCUAGAAUUGUUCUGUUGAUUGUCAGAGCCAUGGAUUUACAGAAUGCUGAGAAUAUAGCUAUUCAGGUCUAUGAUGGUUUCAUAGUUUUUUCCCACAUGGAUUGUCUAGUGGACCCAAUUGUGUACUGCUUAAGCAGCACUAAGUUCAAAACCCUGUACCUGACAACUUAUUGCCCCUGUCUACUGAGAAACAACGCAGAAACGGCUAAAAGAACAAACCCAAUACGAAUUAACUUAAAUCUAAAACGCAACAACAAUACACUGUAGCUAGUAGGUAAUAAUACUUCUGGGUGUGGUAGUGGGCGUGGCCACAGUUUUAAAGAGUUUCUUGCAAUUAUACACUUUCAUGGGGCUGAGAAUGUUUUGUAUUUUUUUUUAAAGAUAAUUUUCUGCAAUUCUACACAUUUUGCCAUGGCUUAUGCCGUAUAACUAAAACGUUCUUAAAACAAAUCUAUUGGGGCCCCAUGCCAUGCCAUUUUUUACAUUUUAGAUUCUCUGACUGUCUAGUUUUUAUUUUGGUGAUGGUUAGUUCUCAAAGAUUAUCUUUUUUUAAAAGAUAUAGCUCCAUUAUCUUUUCUACAUACUUUAUAUAUGGUUUUAGUCGUUUUUAAGUUCACACUGAAAACGUUUUUGCCAUAUUAAUAUUUUUUGGUGUGGCGGCCCGCCGCUGCUAAAUGAAUAUAGGGGAAGCACUGGCAUGUUCAGCUUUUGUUUGCCAAAUCAGACUGUGAUUCAAUACUGGUUUCUGUUAUGAUCAGUCAUCGGUUUCUUUCACCUGUGAUGUCAUCAUGUUAAACAGAUCAUCAUGAUGCUGUUACUAAUUGUCUGGGUCAAAUAAAUAUUCUCCUCAAAUGAUGCUCCCAUAAAAAUGAUUGUUACUACUACUACCACCACGACAACAACAGCUGAUAGGAGCUACCCCCUCCUCCCUUGGAGAGGUAAGACCACAUUAUAUACUAUUACUACUAGUACUACAACAGCUGAUAGGAGCUACCCUCUCCUCCAUUGGAGAGGUAAGACCACAUUAUAUACUAUUACUACUAGUACUACAACAGCUGAUAGGAGCUACCCUCUCCUCCAUUGGAGAGGUAAGACCACAUUAUAUACUAUUACUACUAGUACUACAACAGCUGAUAGGAGCUACCCUCUCCUCCAUUGGAGAGGUAAGACCACAUGAUCUACUACUACUGCUACUCUUGAUUAGGUCAAUUAAUAAAUACUUUUUAUAUAGUGUGAGAGUAUUUGUAUAUAAUUCCAAUUAUACAUACUGUACCUCUCAUUUUAUGAUAUCUAUAUCCACUGUAUAAUACUAUUCAGUAUCUAUAUGUACUGUAUGAUAAUAUUCAAUAUCUAUAUCUACUGUAUAAUACUAUUCAGUAUCUACAGUGCAUUCAGAAAGUAUUCAGACCCCUUGAUUUUCCACAUUUUGUUACUUUAAAAAACAUUAAUAAACAUAUCAU